CUUUUAACAGAGAAGCGCACGUACUCUCUUCUCUCUCAGAGCUCAUUGCCUCGCCGAGAGAGAAGGAGACGCCAUGGAAAGGCUUCUGCAACCAUCUUCUUCUUCCUCAUCAAUUUAUCCUUCCAAAUUCCCUUCGAGGACUUCUCCUUUCCUUCCUCGUCUCCGUUCAUCGAGUCUAGGCUUUGUCUCGACUCAUCGUCCCGAGUCACGCCGAGUCAGCUCAAUUUCCUGCAACAGUUUCCAGAACCCAUCAGCGUAUACGUCUAUAGGAUCUAACAUGACUAACAAUUCCUUCAAUGGGUCUCCCCAAUCGGAAGAAUCGAAACCUAAUCCCGGAUUUCUCACACGGAUCGCGACGACGGCUUCUGAGCAGCGAAAGACGUUAUCUACUGGAACUGUCAUACUAAUCUCUGCAGUAGCUGCGCUUUUGCUUAACCCGCUUCUUGCACCACCUGCUUUCGCUAGCUUUCAAACUGCAGCUAAAUCCGGUUGGCUAACAAGUGCGUGGACUGGUUUCCUUGCCGGUUGCUUACACACGCUCUCAGGACCUGAUCACCUGGCUGCUUUAGCUCCGCUUUCAAUCGGACGCAGCAAAAUGGAAAGUGCUGCUGUUGGAGCUCUUUGGGGAUGUGGGCACGACGCUGGUCAAGUCAUCUUCGGUUUACUGUUUCUGCUACUUAAAGACCGGCUCCACAUCGAAGUAUUACAAACUUGGGGUACAAGAAUUGUGGGAUUGACACUUGUCAUCAUCGGUGCUAUGGGAAUCAAGGAAGCUUCCGAGAUUCCAGAACCUUGUGUCGCCUUAGAAACCGACAUCAGCAUGGUAUCAACAGAGAAAGAAGCCUUACCACUGCCCAAAAAGAAGAAGAUUGGGUUUGCUACAUUUGCAACUGGAGUGGUUCACGGGUUGCAACCGGAUGCUCUGAUGAUUCUUUUGCCUGCAUUAGCUCUGCCAUCUCGGUUAGCAGGGUCUGCGUUUCUGAUAAUGUUUCUGGUUGGGACGGUUAUCGCAAUGGGAAGUUACACAGCGUUUAUUGGGUCUUGUAGUGAGGCGUUGAAAGAGAAAGUUCCAAGGAUCACAGAGAAACUAACUUGGGUUUCGUCUCUUGUGGCUAUUGGUCUUGGAUUGGGAAUUGUCAUCAGCCCAUUCUUUGGUUUUAGCCUCUACUGAGAAAGUAAAAGCUUCUUCAGGUAAAUGAGACAAGUUGAAAUCUUUGUAGUUCUAUAGAUGAAAAGAGAGUUUUUUUUGGGUCCAUUCACUCUUAUUAUUAUUGCAUGUACGAACAAAAGUCACGUAAUCUUGCUUCAGAAACUCCUCUCGGAGAAAACCAUUCGGUGAUUCUUUUUAUUUUCCUUAUUUUUUAAGUGAAGUUUGGUUUUGGUUCUGAAUUAUCGAACAAACUGCAUGUAACCAUACUUUUGUAAUAUUAUCAAAUUAUGAAUGUGUUAUUAUUGCUGACAA